AUGGCUGCUAUCUGGGGGCAGGCACGGGUCGUGCAAAGAAAUUGUUUGCUACCGCUGACAAGGAAGCCCAUUUCCCAGGAAGCAUUCAACCGGUUAUACGAGGGCCCCGACUUUUGCACGGCGACUAAGUAUGCAGCAAUGCUGCAAGGGCUCUGUUCUCUCUCACUCUACGUAAGCAUUGCACCAUUCCUAAGCCUGCAGGCCAUGUCCACCUGGGCCAUAUUGUAUUGGGUGUACAAAGUGGCUCUCUUACGCCUGGCCAAACGCCCGAACCCCGAAAUGACGGCAGCUAUAUACAAAGCCGUUUUCGUUCUUCGUGCGUCGGUAUUACUGCAAGCUGCGGGGUGCCUUCUAUUGAAACCCACAACAAAAGGAAGUGCUCUGGAGCCUCUGAAGAUCUACGGAAUUUCAGGAGGGGCAAUAGCGCUCCUAUCGAUUCUGUUGCCUCGACGCUUACAGCUAAAGUCCACCUACUUAUGCGUUCCGGAAAACAAAGCCAGCACAUGGCGUACGAUGCAUUACUACAAACUUCAACACACCUUCUUUGCAAAAUACCACGGCACACACCCUGUGUAUGCAUCUUGGGGCCAAGAGAAAAAUCCGGAUAUCUUAAGCGAGCCUGGAUUUGCCUCUUGCUCCAAUGCUACGGCAAAGGAAUUUGCAGCUAGAGGAGCAGGUUCGCGGGCGCAACGACGCAUGGCCGCGAUUGGGGGCGGACUACUUCCUGUGAGUCUGAGGAGGGCACAACAUACAGCUUUAUUUAAAAAGUUCCUAAUAGUCCUAAUGCUCAUAAGAUAUCCUAGAGACCUAUCAAGUCUUUUAACACGAGAAACGCAAAUGGCUCCGGUAUCAGCGCCACUCAUGCAUGCAUGCAUGAGUGGCAGCUUUGGUGCACGAACAAUCUGGAAAAAAGAUCAUAUGAUGGCUUCAGGCUCGCCUGCGGAGAAUGCUAACAACAGCAGCAGUAAUGUAGCAGAAGAUAACGCAAUCUUCGAUGUGACAGAAACAUGCAAACUCAGAGCCACUCUCGUCGAGGGUCGUGCCGCUCCAGAAAUCCAGCGGCUCCUCAUGCAGUGUCGAAUGCAAAGAUGGAGCUGCCCGCCACAUGAACGCGCCUCGUUUGCACGCGCAUUUGCAGUUCCGGCUAAUGCGCCGAAGAAUCCUGUCGUGGAAUCGUCUUCAAAGCAUUCACGCGUUUCCACAGCGAGUUCUGGAGAAAGUGUGGCUAAGAAUAUGACAGAGAAAGACGCAGAGCCUCCGCAAAGCAGCAACGAGGUUGUUUCAGGACCCCCGAUCCCUGGUUCCAGCUUUUCCGCUAGGUGGAAUGAAGCAGGCGCGUCCGACGAACAGGAUGACUUUUGCGAAUGGCUUUGUAGUGUCGUGCUGAGACAGCUUUCUUAUGCUGACUGCCUCUUCGGUGCACUAUACAACGAAUCGCAUGCCGCUAGCACAUCCCCCAAACAAACAGACACCUAG